AGCCGUGUCAAGUUGGGGAGUGUUUUGUGGGGGGUGUUGGGCAGUACGCCCUGCCAUGCUCAGGGAUUACUCCUGGCUUUGUGCUCAGAGGACCCUAUGGAAUGACGGGGAUCGAAUCUGGGUGAGCAGCAUCCAACGGAAAGCCCUUCCUGCUGUCCUAUCAUCACUCUGGCCCCAUAUAUAUCACUGUCACUGUCACUGUCAUCCCAUUGCUCAGCGAUUUGCUCAAGCAGGCACCAGUAAGGUCUCUUGUUACUGGUUUUGGCAUAUCGAAUAUGCCAUGGAUAGCUUACCAGGCUCUGCUGUGUGGGCAAGAUACUCUCGGGUUGCUUCCCCAGAGGCCUUUCCUUGGUCAUAUGAAAUCACGACUCCAAAGAUGGCAGUAUGGAGUGUCGGCCACCAUCCACAGGAUGCGGUGACCUUCCCUGACGUGGCCGUGAGCUUCACCCUGGAGGAGUGGAUGUGUCUGGACACCUCUCAGCGGAAGCUCUACAGGGACGUGAUGCUGGAGACCUACCAGCACCUGCGGGCCGUCGAUGCGUCCAUCGUAAAGCCUGCUGUGAUCUCCUGGUUGGAACAAGGAGCCUCAAAGGCAGUGAAGACAGGAAUCUUUAAGGAAGGGAAAUUCAGACAGAAGUACAACUUGGCAUUCUAUUCACGUGACUUUGAGAAGGAAACAAUGGGCAUGGACAGCGGCCCCGAGUGCUGGAACGUGUGUGCUGAGGAGCCAGGAGAAGGUUCGAGGGAAGGAUCCUGCCUCCCUCCCAUCAGUCCCGCGAGCCAGCUCUCUGCUGCAGAUCUGACUGGCACACGUUUUCCCACAUCGAGGAAGCCUGGCACCAGAAAAAGUUACCUGGCGUCUCUGGAACCCCCUCCUCAACCUGCAGAGACGCCCCGUGGCGGGGAGAACACGCCUUCUGCCGAGCAGGGACGGGCUCUUCCAAGCCCCUCGGCUCCUCCCAGGCCUGGUCAAACCAAGGAUGCCAGAAGCCCCGACAACUUGAAGGAAGGCGGGGUUGGCGCGGAGGGUCCCGACCACGUCCAGGGCCAGACCCGGCGUGGGAAGAGUCUCCGCUCACAGGAGGAGCCUGCGGGAGCUUUGAGGCCCACAUCGCGCCUGGGAAUUCGCUCCGGAGUGGACGCUAUGGCAGGCGAGGGGUGGCGGAGCACCCUCUCGCCCUCCCCCAAACAGCAGUCGGGCCCCCCCGGGACUCGGGUCGGGGAGAUCGUCCGUGCCCACGAGGGCCGGGAGAAGGAUGCGGAUGCCAACUACGGCUGCCCUAAAGAGGGGGCCGCCCCGCCGCGGGGCAGAAGCUUCGUGUGCGGGGAGUGUGGCAAGGCCUUCCUGCAGUCCUCAGACCUCCUGCGGCACAGGACGGUCCACUCGGGCGAGAAGCCCUUCGUGUGUCCCGAAUGCGGCAAGCCCUUCCCCCGCUCGUCGUGCCUGAAGAACCACGCGCGGAUCCACACGGGCGAGAAGCCGCACGCCUGCCCCGAGUGCGGGAAGGCCUUCCUGUCGUCCUCCCAGCUGGUGCUCCACCGGCGCAUGCACUCGGGGGAGCGGCCGUUCGCGUGCGACAAGUGCCCCAAGGCCUUCCAGUCGGCCUACAAGCUCAUCCGCCACUUCCACACGCACACGGCCGAGAAGCCCUUCGUGUGCCACGAGUGCGGGAACGCCUACACCGAGUACGCGGGCCUGGCCAAGCACCGCAAGGCCCACACGGGCGAGAAGCCCUACGCAUGCCCGCAGUGCGGGAGGACCUUCGUGCAGGCCUCCUACCUCGCCCACCACCUGCGCACGCACACGGCCGAGCGGCCCUACGCCUGCCCCGAGUGCGGGAAGGGCUUCAAGUGCGCCAAGAACCUCGCCGCCCACCGGGGGACGCACACGAAGCCCUUCCUGUGCGGCGAGUGCGGCCGCGCCUUCGCCCAGUCCACCACCCUCUGCCAGCACCAGCGGACGCACACGUGCCAGAGGUCCCACGUGUGCCAGGAGUGCGGGCGGAGCUUCAAGUCACCGGGCUACCUGCACGUCCACCAGAGGAGCCACAGCGGGGAGCGGCCCUUCCCCUGCCCGCACUGCGCCAAAGCCUUCAUCCGCGCCUCCAGCCUCAGCCACCACCUGCGCAUCCACACGGGCCAGGCCUCCUACCAGUGCGCCCAGUGCCCCAAGGCCUUCCCGACCUUGUCCCAGCUGGCCACCCACGUGCUCAUGCACACGGGGAAGAAAGCGUUCCCGUGCGAGCUCUGCGGGAAGUCCUUCAACAGCCCCUCGAAUGUCCGCAUUCACAAGCGCUGUCACACCGGAGAAAGCGUGUGUGCACCCUCCCGGAUGGGCGGAACCUACGACCUCCAGCAGCAUGACCAAGCUGACGACCAGCAUGCCUUCUUUCCCCCAUGGGGGCGCGCCCAGAAGCCCCCGGGGCUCACCACGGAGGAUACUCUAGACAACGACCUUCCGACUCCAACGAAGAAACCAGGGUCCGAGAAAGCCUGCCCCAAGCUCCUGCCGCCUCUCCUGCCCCACGCCGCAGGGAAACCCUCCCCGGGGCACCCGAGCACCAAAAACCGGGGCAGCUCCGUGGCCAUCCUGAGCCAGCCGGACCCCGUGAAGUCCCAAGCCGAUCAGGGAAACGACCCGAUCACCCGCCAGGCCCCACCGCCCAGCGAGGCGAGGCCCCACGUGUGCCCCAAGUGCGGCAAAGCCUUCGCCAAGGCGUCGGGACUGGCGCUGCACGCGAAGAUCCACACGGGGAGGAAGCCGUACCAGUGCGACAAGUGCGGGCGCGCCUUCUACGCCUCGUCCAACCUCACCAAGCACUUCCGCACGCACACAGGCGAGAAGCCCUUCCUGUGCAACGUGUGCGGCAAGGCCUUCACCACGUCGUCCUACGUGACCAUCCACCAGCGCUCGCACACGGGCGAGAAGCCCUAUGCGUGCCCGACGUGCGGCAAGGCCUUCACGGCGUCCACCCGCCUGGCCAAGCACCUGCUGUCGCACGGGGCCAAGAGCUUCGCCUGCGACGUGUGCGGGAAGUGCUUCGCCAAGGCGGCCAGCCUCGACAUCCACCGGCGCAUCCACACGGGCGAGAAGCCGCACGCGUGCCCCGAGUGCGGCAAGGCCUUCUCGGAGCCUUCGGUGCUCACCAAGCACCGGAAGAUCCACACGGGCGAGAAGCCCUACGCCUGCCCCGAGUGCGGCAAGGCCUUCAGCCAGUCGUCGGGGCUCACCAAGCACCUGAACAUCCACACGGGCGAGAAGCCCUUCGCCUGCCGCGAGUGCGGGAACGCCUUCACGCACUACUCGGGCCUCACGGCCCACCUGAAGAUCCACAGCGGGGAAAAGCCCUACACCUGCGACAAGUGUGGCAAGGCCUUCGCCUCCUCCACGCAGCUCACCACGCACUUCCGCUCGCACACGGGCGAGAAGCCCUUCCAGUGCAACGUCUGCGGCAAGACCUUCGCCUGCUCGUCCUACGUCACCAUCCACAAGCGCUCGCACACGGGCGAGCGGCCCUACGGGUGCCACCAGUGCGGCAAGGCCUUCACGGCGUCCUCGUGCCUCAUCAAGCAUCUCCGGUCGCACACCGGCUAGCAGGGGCCCCUACCGUGUCAUUCACACGCGGACUCAACACAGGCUGCGAGCGCGCAUGCGCCCUGACUUGGUGGAAACCCAGACUUGGGCAGAAAGAAGCCCUUGACGUGUGUGAUUCGUGUUUUGCUUUUGCUGGGGUGGGGGUGGGAGGUGGGGCACACUUAGCUGUACUCAGGGGCUUCUUCUGGCGCCACGUUCAGAAAUUUCUUUUGGUGGAGCCAGGAAUCAAACCCAGGUCAGCCACAUGCAAGGCAAAUGCCCUUCCCCUUGUACUACUGCUGUGGGGGGCAGAGGGAGGUGUCUGAAGUGUGUGACUUAAUGUUUACAAAGGUAAACCUGAACCUCUGGACCUCUGCCCAGAGAAAGAUCUGGAAUGUUCUGGGGCCAGAAAGAUCACACAGCGAGUAAGGUACUUGCUUGGCACGGGGCAGACCUGGAUUCGGUCCCCAGUUCCCCCCCCCCCCGGAGUGAGCGCAGUCAGGGGUCAGCCCUGAGCACCAAAAUGUUCGACCCACCCCCUACCUACCCCCCAAAAAAAGGUGAGCCUUUGGGAAAUGCUCUUAUGACUCUAAAAUCUUGCCUCUCUAAGGGGAGGAGGGUCUUUAGAAGGUUCUGGUGAUUGUUUUGUUUUGGGGUCUGCACCCUGAGAUGCCUGAGACUGACUCUUGGGCCUGUGCUCAGGCAGUGCACCUGGUGGGCUCCAGGGAAUCCUAUGAAGCGAGGGAUCGAACCUGGGUUAGCAGUGUGCAAGGUCAAGGCCUUUCCUGCUGUACUAGCUCUUCAGCACCUGCUGAUGUUCAUUUUGAUGCUAGUGUGUUCUGGGUUAGUUUUGUUUGGCUUUGAUCGGGAGGGGGGGGGUGCACAACCAGCAGUACUCAGGGCUGACUCCUGGCUCUUUGUUCUGGAAUCGAACCCAAAUUGGCUAUGAACAAGGCAGGAUCCCAACCAAUCGUGCCAAUCCUUUGGGUUCCUGGUGAUGUAUUUUAUUCAGGGGGCUCUGCCUGCUGAUGUUCCCAGUGUAGGGGUCAUCGCCCCUGGGGUGCAGUCAAUGUACUUCCAGCCCCUGCAGCCAUCUCUGGGGCCCUAUGGAUUGAUUUUAAGUGUUUAUGGGCAAGCCCUAGAUUUUUCAGAGCCUUUGAAUAUUUUUUUUUCUUUUUGGGUCACACCCAGCGAUGCUCAGGGGUUACUCCUGGCUUUGCACUCAGGAAUUACUCCUGGCGGUGCUUGGGGAACCAUAUGGGAUGGGUCAGCCACAUGCAAGGCAAACGCCCUACCCGCUGUGCUAUUGCUCCGGCCCCUGAAUUUUUUCUUUUAAGGGGGUGACGGGGAAUGGUGGGGAGCCGAGCACUCAGCUGUGCUUGUGGUGCUCAGGCAACCGUGUGGUAUAGGGGAUCAAGCCCUGGGUUCCCACAUGCCAAGCUUGUACACCAGCCUUCUAAGGAAACCUGAGUGCCGGUGGACCUGCCUUUCUUUUAUUGGUUGUUUUGAUUUUACUUGGGGGGGCCACACCUGUGCUCAGGGCUUACUCCUGGCAGGGCUUGGGGGACCUUUAUGCGGUGCCCUGACCAAGCUCAGGUUCAGCCCUGUGCAAGACAAGCUCCCUGCCCGCUGUGUUCUCUCCAGCCUCAUGGACCUGCCUUUUCUUGCUGCCUGUACCAGCUUCCAGGUCACGGCCGGAACAAAAACUCAUCUCCUGAAACUCUCCAGUGCCGGGAUUCUGUUGUAGCAUUUACCCCAGUUUCCCUUUCUGUGACUCGAACCCAGGCCAUGGAGAAAGGCCAGUGCUGCAGAACUUUGCCCCCUGGAGUCUGAGAGAGUUCAGGGGUUCUACUGUUAGCCUGGUAUGUAGCCGUGCCCUAUAUCCACCCGUAUCCCUCACCCCAACACUGUCCAGGGCCACUACUUCUGAGCACAAUGCCAGGAAUAGUCAAUAUAUAUGGUUCUUCCCCACACAUCCUCCAAAAAAAAUUUUUUUUUUUUUUUGCCAGGGGACGGGGGUCCCUCCCACAUUUGCUACUCUCAACACUGACUAUUGCAAGAUCCCCUGGGGUUGGAUGGAUGUGUGCAUGGAUGCAUGUGUACAUACAAAAUAUGUACAAAUGAGAGUCCAUGUGAAGGGCCUGGGCAGUGAUACAGUGAAGACGCUUGCAUGCAAAGCCUCUGUGUAGGACCAGAGAGAGAGUCCAGCAGGGAAGGCAGUUGUCUUGCACACAGCCCACCCAAGUUUGAUCGCCGGCAUCCCCUAUGGUCCCGAGCACCGCCAGGAGUGAUCCCUGAGUGCAGAGCCCUGAGGAAGCCCUGAGCACCACUGGCUGUGGCCUCAAAUCAAAGCCCUUGUGAAAGCCUCUACCAGCCGUGCUGCAUCAGGAAAGAACCUGGGGAUCUGGGAGAAGAGGACAGCAGGGAGGGAGGGCACUGGGUGCUGCCCCCAAAUCAAAAAGCCUGGGGGGGGGGGCUGGAACGAUAGCACAGCGGGUAGGGCGUUUGCCUUGCACGCGGCCGACCCGGGUUCGAUCCCCAGCAUCCCAUAUGGUCCCCUGAGCACCGCCAGGAGUAACCCCUGCACAUCGCUGGGUGUGACCCAAAAAGCAAAAAAAAAAAAAAAAGCCUUGGGGGUUGGGGGUGUGCUGGAGUGAUAGCACUGCAGGUAGGGCCUUUGCCUUGCACACAGCCAGCCCAGGUUCGAUUCCCAGCAUCCCACAGGAUCCCCUGAGCAUCGCCAGGAGUAGUUCCUGAGUGCAUGAGCCAGUAAUAACUCCUGUGCAUUGCCUGGUGUGACCCAAAAAGCGAAAAAAUUAAAAGCUUUCACGGGCUAGAGUGACAGCCAACUGGAUGAGGCACUUGCUUUGUAGGUGGCCGACCUAUUGUCAAUCCCCAAUACCAUAUUAGAUGCCUUGAGCCCCCACUAGGAGUGAUCCCUGAGCAUGGCUGUGUGUGCCAUCCCCCAAAAAAGUAUUUUUUUAGCUAAUUUCUUGUGAAGUGUGGAGUUCAGCUACAAACUGGAGCAUGGCUAUUCAUAACAUCACAUCCCCCAUGCCAGAGGGGACUCUUAAGUCUCUUGCUGUGAAGGGAACUAUUGGGGUGUCGUGGAUGUUUGCUUCACCCUGAACCCCACUUCUUAUACUGCCCCAGAAAUUGUUUGCACUGGAUGGAACAGAAGAUAUAUUUCCCUGAGGCACUGUUGCCACUGUCUAAUUGUCACAGCCUGAUUAUUUUUUUUUAACAGCCUGCUUUUUUUUUUUUAAGUGAGGCCAGCAGAAUGAAAGUAAAAAUCAUGACUUGUUUGUAAAAGCUUUGUGUAGUAGUCAAACCUCCCAUUUUUGUGGGGAGGGAAGCCAAGAAUCCUAAAAUCUCUGGGUGACUUAAUCUGGUGAAAUACGGUGGCUGGUGCAUUGCCUCUUUUCACCAAAUUCGGAUUUUGUGUUUCCAUAGUACCAGGUCCUAUCCCAGGUGAGAGUUCACACGUGCACCUCAGUUUUCCUUUGCCUACCUUUAACUUAACUGCUCAUAUUAAAGGAGUCUGGGCUGAGA